CGGCGAGUUGACACGAUUUCCGGUUUAACGCUACCACAAGUAACGUACAUUAGGAUCAAGUUAUCUUAGCCGCGCGUGUACAGCCGUGUAUAGUUAAUAAUUCUAUGAAACAAACGUAUUGAUUCAUACAUUUUGUUACCUUUUACGGUUAUUUUGCAAUUUUUUCUUAUACUCAAUUGCAUCUCAAACCGAAUGCUUCAACUUGUUGGUUGAACCGGAACUUUAAAGCAGAACAACUCGGAGCAACUGUAGCUCUAAGAUGUAUACACGAAGCAAACAAAAUCAGGGCUACGGAAAUGCACGAAACCCAAACAGUCCCCAAAUUCAAGGAUCUUACAUGAUGCCUUAUAAUACACAAGGAAGUUACCAAGCAUCACAAUCUACAUCCAUUCAACAAAGCAAUUACAAUCAAGGCAAUGUACAAAACUCACAAGGCUUCAAAUCGCAGCAACAGAAGCAACAGCCACCACAAAUGCCAGCAGCUGCCUCAACACGUCCUUUACCAACUAUAGCACCAACGCAACAAUUAAAAACACAAGUGGCCCAGCAACAGCAAGGACAGCAGCAAAAAUCCCAAUUACAACAACAACAGCAGCAGCAAAAAUCACAACUGCAGCAACAGCCAUCGUCACAAAUGCAGCAGCAGCCAUCGUCACAAAUGCAGCAACAGCAGCAGCAGCAGCAGCAGCAGCAGCAGCAGCAGCAGCAGCAGUUACAACAUCAGCAGCAGCAACAGGCGGCAAAUCCACCAGCUCCAUUAAUGCAACGAUUAAAACCAAUUCUAAAGCAAAGUGCAUCGUCAACUGCCGGACAGCCACCUUCAACCGUUUCUCAAACUACGUCUGUGACUUCUCAAUCUUGUGUGCCUCCUGCAUUACCAACUCCAACUUCUACUAAUAAUAAUUCUGAUGUUAAAAGUGACACUAUAAAGAUUGAGAAUACAGACAUUGAAAUGCUAGACAUUCAACCAAGGUGGCGAAGAAAGCCAACUGGAUUUAAAGUAAACAAAAAAUUGAAACGUCUUCGUAUGAACCAACGUUUAAGGAAAACUUUGCAACCUAAGAACGCAAUUAUGGUAUUAAAUGAGAUGAAGGCUGGGGUUCAAUUUACAUUUCCUGAAACACAGGGAGCCAUGUCAAACUCACUUUAUCUCGUUCAUGCAGAGCUUGAUGGUAAAACUUAUGUUGGACAAGGACUGUCCAAACCACUUGCUCGCCAAAAUGCGGCUGAAAAUGCGUUGAAAGCUCUAUUACUUGAAAAAAUGACAGCAGCGUCUAUGAAAGCGCGCAUAGAUGCUGAAUCCGAUGGACAAGCUAAUGUAUCUUCAGAAGGAGAGACAAAAGAAGAAAAUAAUGAUGAUUGCACUGUUAUGGACACAAAUGCUGAAGACGAAAUUCCAUGGAGUUCAUUGGCUAGUUUCGCACUUUAUAAACUUUUCCUCGAAUGGCAUAAUCAAGGAACAUCAGUUCCAGUUCCACGGCCUGGACUACCAGCUACAAAGGGAGCGAAAAAAGAUAAUCCUAAUGCACCCAGAACUCCUGUUCAGAAGGAACUUCCACCUAAUCCUACAAAUAUACAUCCAGUUAUGUUGCUGAAUCAAAUAAGACCCGGGCUUGUAUAUGUAGAACUCAGCCGUGUUGGUAAUCCACCAAAUACAAUGUUUACUCUGGCUGUUGAAAUUGACGGAGUUGAAUAUUCAGGAACAGCUAAAAACAAAAAGGAUGCCAAGAAGGCGGCAGCUAAGGUAGCACUGUUAGCAUUAUACGGUUUAACUUGA